UUUCUUAAGUGGAACACUCCUUGCCUCACAAUUUCAAGUCACGGCUCGCCCUCCCUUCACCCUCUACUCUUUCCUUCUCUCUCCCCUCACUCCUGCGCACCACCAGCCGUACAGCCUCCCCCACGAGCAGCCACCGCGUGGUCUCUUCCCAGCAGCAGAGCAGGCCGCGUGUGCCCUUACAGCAGCCGGUUGUCCCUAGUGCCGCCACUCCUUCCCUUGGUCGACCACCAUCACCACAAAAACCACCUAAAAUCUUACCUUUUUCUAGUUCUCCCAUUGGUUUAUAUUGAUUUAAGCUCCUCUCCUCCCAUAUUAAGUCUCGCCCUUACCGCUGUCUGUCUUCUGCAUCCUCUUCAGGUGUUUACAUUCUUGUGUGAUCACCUCAAACUUAGCAAAGAUACAAACGACGAAGGAGAGAUUGUAGAUCUUUCCACAGCCGCCAUGGGAACACCAGAAACUUCACGAGAACCCUGCCCAGACAGAAUCCUCGACGAUGUAGGUGGAGCUUUCGCCAUGGGAGCAGUAGGUGGUUCUGUCUUUCACUUUAUCAAAGGUUCUGCCAACGCUCCUAAAGGCGAACGCUUUUUAGGCGGUUUCCAGACCAUGCGUAUGAGUGCUCCAAGAACUGGUGGUGGUUUUGCAGUUUGGGGUGGAUUAUUCUCAACCUUUGAUUGUAGUAUGGUUUAUCUUCGCCAAAAGGAAGAUCCAUGGAAUUCGAUCUUUGCAGGCGCUGCUACUGGUGGGUUUCUGUCGAUGCGACAAGGGCUGCGUGCUUCUGCAAGAUCUGCUGCUUUUGGUGGGGUUUUGUUGGCGUUUAUUGAAGGGGUUGGGAUAAUGAUUAAUCGGAUGACUUCCCCACCUCCUCAGAUUUAUGAGGAUCCGAACAUGCUUGGGUAUGGGAUGGGUGGGGCUAAUCCGCAAAUGGGUGGAGGGAAUAGUGGUGGGUUUGGUUUUCCGGGUCAAAUGAAAGAGUCUGAUGUGGGUGGGGAUAGUGGUGGGUCAGGUUGGUUUGGUGGGUGGUUUGGAGGUGGUGAUAAGAAGAAAGAGGGGAAUGGGUCUAGUGGAAGCGGGUCAAGUGGAAGUGAAGCUAAGGUUUUGGAAAGCUUUGAUUCACCUCCUAUCCCAAAUUUUGAUUACAAGUGAAGAUGAUCGUGGGCUGUGUUUCAAGGCCUCGUCGUAGCUGUUUUCCGGGGAUAAUUCUCGUGCCUUAUCAUCAAUAAGUGUUCGAGGAAGAUUUUGACGCAUGGUUCCUUUUUUUGGCACAAGUUAGAAUAGGAAAGAUGCAUUAUAUAUCCCUCUUUUGUUUCUGCAAAUGGUGUACUGGAGCAGUUACACAACGACGUGGAUUACAUAGUCCUACUUUGUUGUAUAGUAAAUAUUAUACAAUAUAAAUUUAUCUAAGUUUUACGAACUUUAGCAUAGAGCGUAGCUGAUUAUUAUAUUGCCCAAUGUUUGGCACAUUGGUCUGUUCCGAGUUCUAACACUUGUUCACGAAGCUCAGGUGAAACUUAUAUUUUGAGUGUUAAAAAGUUCAUUAUUUUUGCUGACAUUCUAAUGAUGUAUAACUAGUGGAAUGUAUUUUGAGUCUAAUUAAGGGUAAGGGACAAGUGGUCAAUUUCAUUUGA